AUGGGCUCCGUGGAGUCUGUGGCGGACGCUGUUUCAAGCUGUACACAGAUACCAUCGCUGAGCAAAGAAGAGAUUCGACCGCCAUGGGCUUUGGCACAGGCAGACAAGUUUGACUAUGAAGAUUGUCCUUUCUGCGACCUGCGCCGGCAUCAUUGUGUCUGGCUCCGCAGUGAAAUCAAACGUCUCAAGUCAGAGGUUGCUGCUGUUCAGACCACCAUCCCGCCACGGCUUUAUCCCGAGUUGCGCCAACAGCUGGAGGCCGAGCCGCUGCCACCAUCAGGCUACACUGGAGGCGUGGAUGACAUCUCGGCCAGUAGUUGCCCUCGCUGCCCGGAACAUCGCCAAGAGGUAUUGGAUCUCCAGGCAGAGGCCAACAAGUGGGAUGCCGAGUGCAAGGCCCGCAUUGAGUUCCGAAGAGGACGUGCCAGAAAGAUCGAAGACAUGCUCAUUGAGAAGCGCCAAAUCGAGGCACGGCUCUUCAGCACGGGCACCGGCACUGCUAUGGACGACGGCCAUUUCUUUGCCAUCACAAGGGUGAAUCUGGCGGACGAGGAUGUGAUGACCACCGCUGCGGCGAGCUUGGUCACCUCCGCCUACAGUCGCCCGGCGCCUCCCACGGAGCCUCCACCCAUGCCACCAUCUGGAGCGCCACCGCUGCCGGGUGUGAGCUUCGGGCUGGGGCAACUGGGCCCAAGCAUGGGGCCUGUGCCCAACCGCGGUUUGGCACCACAACCUGUAGGUGGCCGCCAGCCGUGCGGCUGCCAGGCCAUUGGUGCGGGAGCUAUUGGUGCGGGACCCAUCGGUGCAGGAACCAUUGGAGGGGCGAUCGCUCCGCCAAUGGCACCGUCGCCGCCUGACUGGGGACUGCCUCGCCAGGACCUUCACCAAAUGCAACAACAGCAACGUUUUCCCGCACAAAUGCAACCUCAAGCCCCACAAGCUCCGCAAGCUCCACAAGCUCCACAAGCUCCAGCUGCCGCCCCACAACCCCCACAAUCCCCCCAAGCCCCACAAGCCCCAGCGGUGCAGCCUCAAGCAUUCCAGCCCAAGGCUGUCGGACGCCCGGUGGUGCCUCCAGACACCGUAACGUCGCAAGAGCGACCUGCGCCUGAGGUGCCGCGUCGCGAGUCUCGUGAGGUGCAACCACCGGAGCCAGCCCGUGAGGCAGCAUCCGAGCCCCAGCCUUCGCGUGAUGUGCGUGAUGGCCCAACCCGUGACCGAGACACCCGCGCUCCAGUCGGAGCUUCGACAGGCCCGACGCUGGAGCGCAAAGGAAGCGCCGGGGGAAAGUAUGUCCCGCCUGGCUCAGGGGACCGCCCUGCGCCCCCGCCCCGCCCACAAGCCGACUCCAAACCUGUGGAGAAACGAUUCGAAGCCUCCGCAAUCGAGCGCCGCAGGCACAGCGUGGAUGCUUGGGAGGAGUCAGGCGGCCCCAUUCGGGCAAAACCGGCGCCGUCACACUCCACAGGCCCUUCGACUUCUGACGACAAGGACUCCAAAGCCCGCAAAGAGCUGCUCCACGCAGUCUUCCGUGCUUGCGAUCUCAACGGCGACGAUUGGCUCAGUGAGGGUGAGUUCCGCAACAUCGCAAACUUCUAUGGCUUCAAAGGGGACAGUGAGAAGUGGGCGGAGGAAUUCAAGAAGUUGUGCGAGGAGCAUCGUGCGAACCCUAACAGGGGAAUCAGCUUCACGAUGUUCACGAACCUGCUGAACGACCAACAGGGUGGAUUGCACGCCGACAUGGACGACCUCCAGAAGAUGCUGUGGGCCAAGGACGCGCAGCUGCGGCGUGAAGAAGAGAUGAAACUCAUCCAGGAGCACCCCGGAGAUGUCACCAUUGGUGGCUGGCUGAUGUAUUUGGAUUACGUCAAGCGCGAGAAGGCCGCAAAGCAGGAGGAGCGGCAGCUGCGCCUCGCGCGGUUGCGGCCGCGGCCUCGCAAGCCGUGCGCGCGCUCGGACCUGGCCGAGAGCUUGGGCGGUGCCCGAGAGGCCAGCCACACCUCGAUGAACCUCAUGACCUCCGUCCCCAGCACCGCGAGCUUGCGAACCGUCACGGCACCAAUGGUGAUCGAAGACCGCACGCCCACGCCCGAGCGGUGUGAGGAGCCGACAGUGGACCCUGGGUCACCUCGCUUGGCUGAGCCCCGCGUGCGCGACGAGAUUCCGGAGAACGUACGCAAGCUGUACAGCAAGUUCCGUGGUCCACUGAUGCUGAAGUACUUGAAGGAGCUCGCGUCCAGUGACCAGGUGACUGGCUGGCGGCUCUUCGAGGUUUCCCGUUCGCGGGAGGACUCCACCGAGGAAGCGCUCAGCAAUGACCGGGAGAAGGAAUUCCAGCGGCGGGCGCAGCAGCACCUGGCCAGGAGGCAGCGGCAAAGACGCAUGCACCAGGUGGCCGCUGAGGUGCUGAAGGGGAAGCGAGAGUUGUCCGACUGCUUCAAGGUCUGCCAGGGCGGGGUCGGGACUGUGCACUGGUACAACAAGCAUGGUCAGCUGGCAGAGCAGAUCCGUCUUAAUGCGGUGCAUGAGCAUCUCUCGGAGAUCAAGCCGUCCCAGGCGAUGAAGAUCCUCUACGAUUUGGACCAGCAAGCGAAGGAGACUUUGACAGACCCUACCGGAUGGAUCAUCAAUCAGGCGAAGCUGCGCAAGCAGGCAAACGAGACCAAGGGCAAGGGAGACGGCAAAGGAGAGAAGGACGGCGACCACAAGGGCAACAACAAGACCGAAGGCAAAGUUGAGGCUGCAAGCAAGGAUGCCGUACCCGAAUGGCGCAGCCAGAAGUCCGAGGAACUCGAUGAGAAGAACAACAAGACAGGAGGCAACAAAGGUGCUGGAAAAGGCAAGGCUGACGAAGGCGAAGAGCAGGAGACCGAUGAGUUCCGUGCCAAGAUGAAGAGGACCAUCAACUGGUACAAUCGCCACGGAGGCCUCCUGGCGCCGAUCCGUUUCCAGGAAGUGAUUCAGACCCUGGGCAUGACCGACCCCCGGGUGGCCAUGAGGAUCCUCAAUGACUUGGACCAGGCCAACGCUGAGGCUGUUUUGCAAGAUCCCACAAAGUGGAUCAUCGAGGAGUGUCGCAGGCGUGCUCGGGCCUUGGUUACACCAGUGUCUGUAUCGCCAGCAGGCUUCGGGCCUUACGGUUAG